AUGCAAGACGAAUGGGCUGAUUCUAAGUUCAUUUCAAAUAAGAAAAUAGGAAUUGUAAUUAAGGAAAAACAGCAUGUAUUGUACUCAUCAUUGUUGAAAUGUAUUUCGAAAGAACAGGCCUGUCGUCGUCUUCUACCUGAACAAGUAUGGAGGAGGAUUGAAAGUGGAUCUAGAGCGAUCUGCGAUUCUAUUCGGUCUAGCGUCAGCUCGACCCUGCGCGUAAAGUACGAUAGACUUUUGGGUAUGGAGAGUGGAAACCAUUCCAACAAUGGAAGUAGUCCACGUAGACUCCACCGAGCAAUUGACACAACAGCUCCAAAUGCUGUUAAUAAUCAAGGGGCAAGAGUAACGGUACUCGACAACAUUCAUUUGUCCGAUAAUGCUGUUGACUUUCUGAGCCUUGGACCAUCAUUUUCAAUUUCACAUCGAAUCGAUGGGUCAACAUUCCGUAAAGUCACAGUAGGCCUCCACAAGCUUCGGGACCAGCUUCGAAUCAGAACUAGGAAUGAAAGUAACCAUCAGCACACUGCACCUAUAAGCAGAAGAGCGUUACCCCCAACACCAUUUCCGCGCAACUUUUAUAAAGAACCUGAACCAGCUCGCGAAACAGACACAAAAUUUAGAAUUCUAUUAUCUGGGGUGUUGUCCGCUUAUAACCAUCAUAGACGACUCACCCUUAACAAUCUUACGCGCGAGCAAUGGCAGGGUUUGAAGGAAAUCCGCGAAAUGACUACAAGAGGGGACAUACGCCUUUCAGUAAGCGAUAAGGGUGGGGAAUUCGUAGUCAUGUCACAGGCUCUUGAUCGGGAAACAACAAAUCUUCACUUGCAAGAUGAAACGAUCUAUCGCCGCGUAACAGAGAAAGAAUUCCUUGUGCAGUGCAAACGCUUGAAUCAUGUAUGGAUGACUAUUGGAAAAUCUGCUGGCCUUGACGAACGAUUUGUUAGCCGCCUAAACUUGACAAACCGACCUGCCUGUGUUCUACAGCCUCAUCAAAACGCAUAA